AUGAAGAUUAGAAAGAAUAAGGAUGAUUAUGAACUAACACGUUUCUUUGGUGUGUCUGAUGUUACUGUCUCAAAUGUUUUUGUGACUUGGAUAAAUUUUAUGUAUCAAAUGUGGAGUUUGUUAGAAAUUUGGCCUAGCAGAGAACUCGUAGACUUCUUCAUGCCAGAAGGUUUCAGAAAAUACUAUCCAUCCACUAGAGUCAUCGUGGACUGCACAGAGGUGCCAAUCAAUAAGCCUAAGAACCCUGCAGCACAACAAGCAGUGUUUAGUUACUACAAGAACCGGUGUACUGGCAAGUUUGAGGUUGGUGCGACUCCAUCUGGUCUUCUCUGUCAUUGUUCUAGUGGAUAUGGAGGAAGUGCAAGUGAUCGUCAGAUAGUUGAGAGAAGUGGUUUACUAAAUAAAUGUGAGCGGUCAGAUAGUAUCAUGGCAGAUAGGGGCUUUGAUGUGCAAGAUUUAUUUGCAUCCAGUGGUGUUACUGUAAAUAUCCCAACAUUUUUGAGAGGAAAAAGUCAACUUCCCGGUGUCACUCUGCUCCAAGAUAGGAAACUUUCUUCAAAAAGAGUACACAUAGAAAGGCUGAUCGGUUUGCUUAAGACUUAUGAAAUACUGCAGACACCUAUGAAUGGAUUCUAUGUGCCUAUUUGUUCUAAAAUAUUUUUUUGUUUGCUUCAUGCUAUGUAA